AUGUUUGCCGAUGAUUUUCCCUCAGUCCCAGGCCGAUCGAUCAACCAAGAUCUAAUCUACGAAGCUGGAGCAGAUAUUCCAAUUGAGGAUUACCUCACCAUCGACUUCCCUCCUGCAUUUAAAGCCAUUUAUGGCACACCGGUCCCUUACUACCGCGCCUGGGAACGCCUAAUGGACAUCACUAUCCGUCCAGAGCUUAGGCUCAAAAUCAAGCAAUCGUUCCUACAAUUCGCAUCCAACACCAUGUAUCCCCAAUACUGUAAGAUGAUCGACGAUGUAGCUGCCAUAAAGAAUCUCGCUCUAGUUGGUAGGACAGAAAUGGAUGCUGCAUGGGUUCAGCAGUUGGUUCGGCUUUACAACCUAGAUCGAAAGGAUAUGAAUGAUUUUCUAGGGUAUAGGAUGAGCUACAACCAUGUCUUGGAAGACAUUGAGGAUGUGGAGAAGACUAUGAAGGCUCUCUUGGAGCGAGCAGUGGCCAGGAGAUUUGAUCGUCCUCGUCAAGAAAAUCGAAAAGUCGAGAAAUACUGGGCUGAGAAGGGUGAGCUUGCGAGUACAAUGGGUCAGAUUUUGGACACUGUCUGCAUUGAUGACAGUUUCCUUGAAUAUCAAUUCAAUCCCCCUCGAGAUCUCUCUCUCGAAAAGGACUAUCCCACGAGACUAGACGAUCAUCAAGAACUGGACACCAUUAUGGAGGAGCCCGAAGAAAAUGCCAAUAUCGAUGGAGGUGAGUAUGAUUCUAGAUCGGAGUCGGAGUCGGAAUCGGAAGAGGAGUUCGAGUUCCCACCUGAAGAUGACUCGGAGGUAGACGAAGGUGAAGGGGGUGGUGAGGAUAGCGACGGCGACAUCGCGAUGAGUGGUGCGGUUAAUCAAUUUGUAUUGCCAAUACGCUAA